AUGUUGUCUGCUCAAGAUCAUGGUAGGACCUACGGUUCAUCUCAUACCAGCUACGACCCAAAAAACGAUUAUCCCCAAAGACACUCCACCGAUAACUCUUUAGAGCAUAAUGAGGGAGAGACGAGUGAUGACACCAAGACAACCAAUGACACUGGAUACACUCGCUUCCAACAGAUCCAUAAUGCAGAGGAACGGCACCGAGAUGCUGCUGGACAUUCCGCUCAAUACCAACAACAACAAAGUCCACGCGUUAGUGGUUUCGUUAUACGACAAGAAUCCCCUCGCCUCUCAUCUAUAGACUCAUUUCAUGACACCUUUCCUCGACGAAUCGCCAGACGACCAUCGAAUGACUCACUGCGGUCCAACAUGUCAACCACGAGUUCGAUCUUCAGCACUGCAAGUCGAAUCAGUAAAUUACCCAACGUGGUUAAAUCCUCGUUAGUAUCCGUAAAGGAUUUUGUUAUCAAAUCAGGUAGUCAACGGGCGAGGCACAAAGACGCUCGUCAUAUCCAGGCCCGUCUCGAGCCAACAGUUCCAACAUCUUUAUAUCACCCUACAGACCGCGAAUCGUUUUCUACGCGACUACGCCGACGAACACCUAGUGCAAUGAAUCUUGCCGGAAUGUUCUCUCGCACGCCCGAAGACGAUAUGUUGGAUGUAGACCGGUCGCUGGGCGACUUGAGUCUAAACGCCUCCACGAGCUAUUCGGUACUUGAACUCAAAGAUGGUCGCGCAAACACGAGUUUAGUGAAUACGAGACAAUCCAGAACAACAAACACAUUCUCAAAACGGAGGAACAGCAUGGCAUCGGAUCCAGCAGUACGGUUACUUAAAAAAGAAGAAACAAGCCCAUCUAGGCGAGUGUCUGUGAUUAAUGAAGAAAAGGGAGAACCGCAUACUCUCGGAUUUAGUGAUGAGAUCGUUAGGAUAAUGGAGCAGGACGGUGCCGGUCUUGAUCCAGUAGUUGGCAGCAGCAGCAGCCAAUCGAGUGCUGUGGGGAAACUAUUGUUUGGCGAGGAAAUUGAAAACAUGGCCUUUUUUGACCAGGAGUUGGGAGAGGGCUCGGCAUCAUCUAGUAUGAUUUCAUUCGGCAAUCUUGACCUUGUAGACCAGUAUUCCUCAGAUACAAAGAGUGACCACAUCGUUACCUCCAAACCAUCUCUCCAAGACAUUGUCUGGAGUCGACAACGUGCAAAGUCAUGUCAAGAUAAAGUACCGUCCUUACGUCAACUUGCCCAGGGACAGUACCCUCCACCUUGUUCCUCAAAUACUACCACACUCACCCACGAAACCGCAAACACAAACGCAAACGCAACCUUAUCAUUAACAUCAACCUUUACUUCAACUACAGCACAUACCUCAACUUCAUCAUCAACCUCAUCAUCAACUUCAACCUCAACCUCAACUUCAACCACACCAAUACCAACAUCAGCAUUAACACUAUCAUCCACGAAUAACAAUAACCCUGAGAUUGUCGAAGCUAUUCCCAGUCGGCCCAGAAUCGAUUUCUUUAACCCGACCCUACUUGUUGCCACCACUCUAACUACACUUCAUAGUAAACUCAUUCAUGCAUGCGAUCGGACACUUGCAUCAGUUGUACUCGCACCUGUACCCUCGGCUGGUUCCAGGGUUUCCGUAAUCUUCCCCGAUGAAGCACUUCAGUCUAUCGCAGUCGAUUUACGCAAGAUGUCUGACAUGGUAGAGUGGGAUCAAUACGGACCUCUCUCUCGCAAAAGUGUAUCUUCAUUCUUUACCGUACUUGAUUCCCAACUAGCCGAUGGUCGUGCACUCAGCUCGACAGCGAGUACGGAACACCUUAAAGUCCGAGACCGACUUAAAAAAGAAGCCGAAAUUAACCAGGCGGUAACCAAGACUGUGAAGGAAAUCGUUUCGUCAAUGAAGCAGAUGGUGAAUCAGUGUAUUUGUCAAUACCACAAGAUAUUCGAAAAGGCUAUGGUGAUUCCCUGCAAGGGUUACAAGAUCGAAGGCAGUAAUAGGUUUGGUAUUGAACCUGUUGUUAUGGAGACACCAUACCAGGACUAUGACCAAUCAGAAGUCGAACACAUGGAUUGGGAUGUGUGUUGGUUCCGAUCACACUUUGUUGGGACCGACUAUUCUACCUUUUGUGGUUACAUGGAGGAUGGCGAGCCUGUACUCAUCACAGCCGUGUGUGACACACAGAAAGACUCAGAAGGUGCAGACGAAACUGGCACACCACAGCGACAAUAUCGAGUGAUAAUCAGAACUAAGCAGAGUCCCGACACCAGGAAGAUCUUGCCAGAUUCGUUUUUGCUUAAUGCACCUUUGGAUGCCGGCAUCCUGGAGACUCAGGGUGAAACUAUGAUCCAUGACACUACAUGGAAAGGUGUAAUCGAGAUGUCUUUUGACGUGCCUUUCAAUCGACUGGGUAAAAUUGAUGCUGGUGUCAUGCAGUCGAGUGGAAUCGAAGAGGAAGUUUUGAAACUUGAUGAAAAUUCAAUUCACAAACGAUAUAAAUUUGGUGUGUUAUAUGUCAAGGAAGGUCAGACGAAAGAAGAGGAUUGGUUUUCAAAUCAGCACGAUUCCGACAAAUUCGAUCGUUUCCUUCAUAUUAUCGGACAACGGGUAGAAUUGCAGGGAUACACAGGGUGGGCAGCUGGACUGGAUACAAAGAGCGGUGACUCUGGUGAACAUACUUACACGGACGUUUGGAAUGACAACGUCCUGGCUUACCACGUGUCAACGCUUAUACCCUCAAAACCUGGCGAUAAACAGCAAAUUCAACGAAAGAGACAUAUUGGGAAUGAUAUUGUGUGUAUUGUUUUUGCAGAAGGACGACAGCCAUUUAACCCUGCAGCGAUCAAGUCACAGUUUUUGCAUGCAUUUAUUGUCGUGCACGAAGAAGAGUGGAAUGGCAAGAUUGGUUGGAGAGUGGAAGUGGCUACUGUGGAAGACGUACCAGAUUUUGGACCUAAAUUACCUGAUGGCGGGUUCUUCUUUGAGCAGUCAGAUCUGCGAUCCUUUAUAUUGGCAAAAUUGAUUAAUGCCGAAUAUGCCGCCCUGAAAUCACCAAAGUUUGCACAGCCAAUGGCCCGUGCACGCGAAGGUAUCCUUUCCGGUAUUGUGGAACGGGGAUGCAAAGUGUCUUAUGAACCCAAGAUGACAACUACUGGAAAGCACAACAAGUCCCCCUCGACAGCAUCUGACAAAAGUUCGCGUAGUUCCAAGAGUCUAAAGGAGACGUUUGAUCUGACGCCAGCACCAUCUCGAUCUAGCAUGAUCAAGGAUUUUUCAGAGGGAAUAGCCGGUUUGGGCCGACGACGUAGUACACAGGAGCUGGCAGAGACGAAGCCAAAACAACAAAAGCCAAAGACGCGCAAGACAAAGGGCCUCAAGACAGAAGUGAUGUCUUCGAAGCGGAGUCGUUCAGAGCUGGACCUCAUUCAUGUACCUCCACAACCAAGUACUUCUGCAAAUCUAAAUACUAGCGCAAAUUUAAGUACUUCUCGAUCUAGUGGUGCCGUAGUGCAGUCGUCUUUAAGCAAAAAAGAAGAGCGCGGAAUUAAACUCAGGGUAGAAAACCUCCUUACUACUACGUUUUCGAACCUUGGUGUUCGUCGAACUCCUGUUGCAACCGAGGACAAUCCGACUUCCUGA